CUCGCAUUAACUCAUGAUUCAUGAUAACUCAUGAUUAACUCUUGUUUUUUCGUUAUUUAUACGGUUUUCGCCUGCAGAUCCUUCACCCGGAAUUACGUAGCUGGUUAGCGCUCUCGCUGUUCACACCAACGACAAUCUAGAAGGAAUACGAGGAGUCGGCUUUUUCUUUCGGCUUUGUCUCCUACGAUUUGACACGAAUAUCCGCGAGAGGACAAGCUCGAAGUUGUCGCACCUUAUUGGUUGAAAAGUCGGAUUCGUUCGCUUCGAUAGGUACCACGAACAACAGAGCUUCUAAACUCCGAGCCUGAUAGCCCCGAACACCCCAUCAAGCCGACCAGUGCCUUCCAACCCACCACCAAAACCCCAACUUCCAGCCCUCGACCCAGCCCGUCAUGCCCUUCUUCCGCCCCCCCACGGUCAACCCCACAACCCAAACCCCUGGCAGCACACCCCGCCGCCGCUCCAUCAAGGACUCGACCCUCACGCACGCCGUGACCGCCAACAGCAGCGACAACGACCACCGGAUCGUGGAAGCCGGGUUGAAGAAAGACGGUGGACAUGCACUGAGCCAUGGAGGUGGAAUGCAUGGGGGGUAUCAGAACGGCGUGGCGAGGGCCGCGGAUGGGAUCCCCGAUAAGGAUGUCGUCGAUGGGUGGUUCGAUGAGAUUAUGUCCUCCCUAGUCCCUACGACCCCCACCCGCGCCCCCACUCUCCCCACGCACCUAACCACCGAAUCCAAAUGGGACCUCGUCCGCGCCUACCGCGCCAAAUCCUCCCCAGACCUCUUCUCCAAAUCCAAAUGCUCCCUUUCCCCAAUCCAUCACGCUUCCUCCCUCUCCCCCCACACCCCCCUCCCUGUCAGCCGCAGCCAAUCCCACUCUUCAAUCACCUCAACAGCGGGCAGUGACUGCAGUGGCUGGAUGGAAUGUAAGCCGGAGACGCCGCAAGCGUGGGUAGCGUUUCUGGCACGGGUGGUGAGCGAGUGUUUGGAGGAGGUUGUGGUUGGGAGGAGGGUGGUGGAGGCUGUGAGGGAGUUGCGGGUUUGUGUUUGGUGUGAGUUGCCAAGGUGGUGUGAGACGUUUUUGGAGGCGGAUGGGUUGCAAUGUAUGAGUAACCUUAUGGCGCAUCUUGCGGGCAAGCCGAGGAAACAUCCCCUAGACUGGGCCCUCCACCUCGAACUCCUCCGCAUCCUCCAAGGCCUUCUCAAACUCCCUUUAACCUUCACCUACCUCACCCGCACCCCGACCAUCAUCUGCCACCUCAACAAAACCCUCUUCGGCUGGUGGCGCGCCCACCACCACCAUGCGGACCACUACACUCGGUGCGUCGCGGGCGGGGAGAGCGGGAUACUGCUCCAGGUGGGGAGCUUAGCCGCGCCCACUGCAAGCUCCAACACCUCAGCAUCCCCCUCCAGCGCGUCACAACCGGCACCCGUCGCAGACGCACAAACCCCCGGCCGAAGAUUUUCAGUGACCCGCCGCAAACAACCCUUCCAACCCACCUCCGACACCCCCGAACCCACGCCCUACAGCCCCUCCGCGCACGCGCCACCGCUCGCCGACCGCACCCUCGGCCUGCAGCUGCUCACCACCGCGAUUGAAGGCGGCGCCUGGGACGCCUGCAUGCGCGCCCUGGAUACCGUCGCGGGGUUGAGCGAGGGGGAUAUCGAGUUCCGCUCCCCGAGCAGGUUCAUGGUGGUGCCCAACACCCUCCGCCCGUGGACGGUGACGCUCCAGCGGGUGGUCCUCGAGCGUGCCGCGCGGUGGACGGGCGCAUAUACGCGUCGUAAAGAGAUUUACGAGAAACUCAAACGGAGCAGUGGGGCCGCGGCGAAAGGGUUCUCCUCCCCCGCGCGCACCGUGUCGGCGAAGACGGGGGAGGAGGUACAUGGGAGCGAUGUAGGCGUGGUGGUGUUCCUGGAAGCGAAUGUGAGGUUCAUGGUGGGGAUGAUACGGUAUGCGCCGCCGAGCGAGCGGAGCUGGAUCCGGGGGAUGCUGUUUGAGAAGGCCGGGAUGAACGAUAUUGUUGCGAAAAUGAAAUUAUGCCCCGACCCAUCCUUCCUCACCCUCCUCGACACCAACCUCGCCCAAAUCUCCCGUCUCUGCACGCCCUUCUCCACCCACAUCCCCGCCACGGUGCCGCGCGCCGCCCCGGAAGACAUCAUCGAGCCCGCGCCCACCCACGGCGCCGUGGACCCCCGUCUCUUCGGGUUUCUGCAACACCAUCGCCAACACCGCGUGGCCUCCGAUUCGACUCACAAUCAGGAUCAGACCCAGCCUCGACAGAUCCACGCCCCGCCCAGCGAUCCCACCCCGCCCGCGGCAGCGACAGAGCCCGUGAUGCCCCGGCACGACUCGGGCCACGUCGGCCACAUCGCGCGCACACUCCACCGAUCACCCGGCCACAGGGACAUCGCCAGCAUCCUCACCGGCCACCCCACCAACACCGCAAGUGCGUAUAACCCGCCCAACCCCAUCCGCCACGUGAACGAAGUCGCCGUGAACCCGUCGACGGCGAGGAGGUGGGGGAGCGCGAUUUUGAGAGGUGACUGGACGGGGUUGGGACGGGCUUCGUCGAGUGGGGCGGGUGUUGGGACCGCCACUGCAGGCGAGGCAUCUCCCGCGCAGGUCGUGGAGGACGCAUCGUUGGAUGUGAGCGCGGUGGAUAGCGAUGGGGAUGAUUUGAGUGAGGGGGAGUGGAAUUUUGGGAUGGGGGCGCCGAGGGAGGGGGAUGGGGGGAGUGAAGGGGGGUCGGAGGAUGGGGGGCGGAGGAUGGGGGUGUGA